AUGUUAGUGAAUCCAAUUGAACAAAUUGUAAAAACUUUCCAGUGCAAUUUUUUAAGUAAUGUUCUAGGUUUAUCGAAAGAAAAAGUCGCAAAGAUCUUGUUAUUUUUUAUUAGAAUAAAAAUGUGGAAUUCUGUUGGAAAAUUUCAAUUAUUUUCAAUCGUGUUACUUCUUUGUUUGAAAUAUUGUCACGGCAAUAGAACUGAAGCUGUGCGAUUUCAUAGACUUCCAAAACGUGUUAUUCCGACAUCCUAUGACUUACAACUGCUUCUGCCUUCUUUUUCCGGUGACUUUACUUAUCAAGGACGCGUUAUUAUUGAUAUAUUUGUGAUUGAACCAACUAAUGUGAUAACACUAAAUUACGAUGGGUUGAAUAUUGAAAGUGAAAAAACGGAAUUCUUGACUUAUGAAAUUGAUAAUCUGACCAUUUUGUCUCAAUUAUGCGACAGUGAUAAACAGUUUUUUACAAUUCUGUUCAAUCAGAAAUUGAAGGUUGGAAAUUACAAAUUAUUCUUGUAUUUUCAUGGUGAAGUUUGCAAUGAUCUUUUUGGGUUCUACAAAAGCUCGUAUAAAGUGAGGAAUGAAACAAGGUGGAUGGGAGUCACCCAGUUUUCACAGACGUUCGCCCGCCGUGCUUUUCCAUGUUUUGACGAGCCAUAUAUGAAAGCCACUUUUAAGCUCCAUUUUGGUCAUUAUCGCAAUCAGACAAUUACGUCAAAUACAGUAAUGGAACGGAUAAGUCCUACAAAUACAUCAAAUUAUAUUAUAACGUCAAUGAAAAAAACUCCAAAAAUGUCGACGUAUUUAAUUGGAUGGUCUGUUCACGAUUUUAAUCAUUAUGAAUCAGUAGAUUUGCCUGGGUUUAGUUUGUGGGCGAGAGAAACGAUCGCAGAAAAAGGUUCAUUAGCAUUACAAGAAGGCAGAUUAAUUUAUUUAGCAUUGGAGUCAUACCUCAACAUAGAAAACCCCAUUAAAAAAAUUGACCACGUAGCAAUUAGUGAUUUUCAUUUUGGUGCAAUGGAAAAUUGGGGUAUGAUCACAUUUCGUGAGUCAAGAAUCAUUUUCGAUGAAAAAACUACACCAACAGACGUUAUACAUAGCGGACUUACUACGAUGGGGCAUGAAUACGCUCAUACGUGGUUUGGUAAUCUUGUAACUCCAGAGUUUUGGAACUUCGCGUGGCUUAAGGAAGGAUUUGCUACAUACUUCUCUUACAUCGCUCGAUCAAUUAUUAAUCCAGAUAAUAGAAUGAUGGAUUUGUUUGUGGUUGAAAACUUACAGUCUGCACUUCUCAGUGAUUCUGCGGCACAUAAUCGGACCAUGAACGGUAGAGGUGAUGGAGAAGCUGAUAACAUUAUGGGUUACGCUGAUUUUAACGCCUAUCAAAAAGGUUCAUCGAUAGUCCGAAUGAUUUCUCGGUUAAUGGGGUCUGAGUCAUUUUUACAAGCAAUAACAUCAUUUUUAAGAACCAAUUUGUACAGCUACGUAACGCCUGAAAUUCUUUACGAGCACUUACAAAAUUAUUCAAAUGGAGGAGGAAAGUUGAUGAAAGACAUAAAUAUGCGUGAAGUUAUUGAAAGUUACGCAAACCAACCCGGGUACCCAUUGAUAACCAUCAAAAGAAAUUAUUCAUCUGGUUGGAUAGAGAUUUUGCAGGAACGUUUCGAUCUGCAUUCAAACUGGAGCAAUCCAAAGCAACCAUUAUGGUGGGUGCCUUUGAGCUUUGUUUCUAAAUCUCUAGCAGGCUCAACAACCUCAUCACAAUUUGGUUCCACCUGGUUGGCACCCAAAGAUAAGAGCUUAAUGAAGAUAAAUAGUGAUCCUCAAGACUGGAUCCUCUGUGAUAUCGACAAGAUAGGGUAUUAUCGCGUAAACUAUGACUAUUAUAACUGGAACAUGUUGAUUGAACAUCUGGGUACCGAUGAAUUUGAUACAAUUAAGCCGAUAACACGAGCCACGCUCAUCGACGACGCUUUCAAUCUUGCCCAAAGCAGCUAUAUUUCCUACAACAUUUCGUUCCGUCUCAUCAAUUAUCUCGGCAAAGAAACAGAAUACGAGCCUUGGUUUGCUUCACUCAAAUCCCUCUAUUUUCUGAACCAGAUUUUCCAAGACUUACCAACUCUCCGUGUUUCACUCCAAAGUUACACCAUCCGGCUUUUAAAAACUAUCUACCAAUCGUUUUCUUUUGACAAGACUCAAGAUUCUUUGAGAGAAAAACUUCUACGCCAGUUGAUACUUUCCGCAGCAUGUGAAAUGAAUGAUCCACAUUGUCUGAAGCAAGCUAGAUUUAAAUUUACUAAGUGGAUCAACGAUUCUUCAGAGAUUGUUGAUCCAGAUUUAAAGAGCUCUAUCUACUGCAGUGGGAUUCGAUUCGGGAGUGAUGAAGACUGGAACGAAGUCUUUAACAGAUUCAUUCAGGCUGAUUUGCAUACUGAAAAGGAACUAUUGAUGAAAGCACUGGGAUGUUCAAAUAAUAAAAUAUUGAUUGACAAAUUUUUAAAUUUUUCGAUAACGGCUCAUGAGCCCGAAAUACAGAAACAGUACAGAACACUGAUAGUUAGUGGAAUAAUAAAUGGUAAUCGAGAAAAUACCAACUACACGCUGGAAUUUAUAGCAAAAAACUUUGAAAAAAUAAUAAAAACGCGAGGCAGUAAAUUUUUGACAGAUGUGCUGAACUUAGUCAAAGUUAGAGUCACUUCAAUAGAGAUUCUAACACAGUUUUCUUCAUUGGUGGAGAACAUUAUUAGUAACUUGGAUGGUAUGGAACAAGCCAGAAGUGCUGUCAAGUAUGCUGAACGAUCAAUUGCAUGGAUUAAGAAACAUUCCGCUAUUAUUGAAAAUUCUGUAAAUUCACAGUUGUAUAUGUAG